ACCUAGGGUUCUCAUCCCCCGCCAGAAAGGCCCUCCAAGGCUGCAGUGGUUGGGAUGGCGUACCUGUGUGAGCGUCGCCUGCGACUGGAGAAAGGCUUUAUCUUGGACGGGGUGGCUGUGAGCACCCUUGCCCGCGCUUAUGGGCGCUCUAGGCCCAAGUUGUGGUCCGCGAUUCCUCCCUACAACGCGCAGCAGGACUACCACGCCCGCAGCUACUUCCAGAGCCAUGUGGUUCCGCCCAUUUUGCGGAAAACUGGUCAGGAUCAUGGCGGUACAGGAAGGGAUGGCUGGAUAGUAGAUUACAUCCACAUCUUCGGGCAAGGACAGAGAUACCUCAACAGGAGAAACUGGGCAGGGUCAGGGCAUUCUCUCCAGCAGGUGACUGGGCAUGACCACUACAAUGCCGAUCUUAAACCACUCAGUGGGUUCAAUGGAAGGUUUGGCUACCGCCGGAACACCCCGGCCCUCCGUUGGAGCACUUCCGUCUUUGGAGAAGUCACCACGUUUCCUCUGUUCUAACAGCAUAUCUUCCCUUCAUAGCCCUGGACGUGAAUUUCUAAGACAGAUGUUUAGAUGAACUCUCAAAGUUAAUUUCCAUUAAAAAUAUUUAUUUGUGUCUCCAAGGGUGCUGUUUCUUC